AUGAAGUAUUUAUGCGCAUACGCAUUGGCUUGGCUUAGUGGAAACACACAACCAAAAGCUUCUGAUUUAGCAAAUAUCAUCAAUGCCAUUGGAGGAGACUUCGACACAAGCCGAGCUGAAUCUCUAUGUGAUCUACUCGCCGAAAGAGACUUAACCAAUGUCAUCAAGGCUGGACUUCCAAAGCUCCAAGCCUUCGCCGGUGCAUCCUCAGUAAGCAGCGCCCCAGUGACCACUUCUGAAGCUCCAAAGGAAGAAGCAGCUGAGAAGAAGGAAGAUAAGAAAGAAAAGGAAGAAGUUGAAGAUAUUGAAGGUGCAAUGGACUUAUUCGGAGGUGACGAAUGGUAA